AUGUGGAGGGAUCGAUGGUCUCGUUUUGCUGAUGGAGGGAAGCCAUAUCUCGGGGUGCUCUUUUUACAAUUGGGAUACGCUUUUAAUGGAAUCAUAGUGAAGUCUGCUUUAAAUAAGGGAUUGAAUCCAUGCACAUUUUCUGUUUAUCGAAAUAUUUAUGCAGUCAUCGUUUUUGGCCCAUUUGCUCUCUAUUUUGAAAGGAAAUUGCGACCUCAGAUGACGUUGUAUGUGUUCUUGAAGAUAAUGUUGCUUGCACAAUUAGAGCCUGUUAUGGACCAAAUAUUGUAUUAUACUGGAAUGAAGUAUACCACUGCGACAUUUGCCAUAGCAAUGUGCAACAUUCUCCCUGCUUUGACAUUCUUCAUGGCAUGGAUAUUCAGGCUUGAGAAGGUGAACAUAAGAAGAUUGCAUAGCCAAGGAAAGAUCAUAGGGACCCUUGUGACAGUAGGUGGAGCCAUGGUCAUGACCUUUGUUAAUGGACCACCCAUCCCAUUGCCAUGGACCAAGGUCACCAGAGUGCACCACUACCACCACCCUCUACCACCCACUACACCCUCUUCAGACCACCAUCUCAAGGGUGCGCUAAUGAUAACCGCCGGCUGUGUUUUUUGGGCUGGAUUUUACAUUCUUCAGGCUGUGACAUUGAAGAAAUAUCCUGCUCAGUUGUCUCUAACAACCCUCAUCUGUAUGAUGGGUGCUUUGCAAGGAACUGUGAUGACUCUUGUUAUUGAGAAGGGCAAAAAAGGCAUUUGGUCUAUAAAUUGGGACACAAAACUAUUCGCGACACUAUAUAGUGGAAUAGUUCGGUCAGGGGCGAGCUACUAUAUUUCGGGUCUAGUGAUGAAGAAGAAGGGACCUUUUUUUGUAACAGCCUUCAAUCCCCUUGGGAUGGUGAUCGUUGUGAUUGUGAGCUCGUUUACUCUAGGUGAACAAUUGGACUUGGGAAGGGUUGCUGGAGCAUUAAUUAUUGUUCUCGGAUUAUACCUAAUCAUAUGGGGUAAAAGUAAGGACUCGACUUUGUCCGAUUCAAGAAAUGACGAGCUAGGAAUUGUUGACUUGAAUCCGACCCAAGAAAAGAAUCACAAUGAGAUUUCAAAAUCCGAGAUAGUUGACGGUGAAGCUUCAGUCUGAUUCUUUUUGUUCAAAU